CUCGCAGGUUGAACCUUGGCUUCCACGGGGGUCCUCGUGCUGCGGCCGCUUUGCCCACUUGUCCAUCCAUUUACCAGCUCAUGCAUCCGAGCGCUGAGGUGUGCUUAGCCGCUCCGUAUAAACAUUAACCCCCGGCCAGACUUUGAGAUGACCUCCUGCUAAUCUCUCUCUUGAGGAUCUCUGAGGAGACUGGACAGCAGCUGCCGGGGCUCGUGCUCCAUUUGUGUUAAAAUUUAAUGUGGGGAUCAAACUGUCUGGUCUAAAUUUUCAUUUGUUUUGCUUCCGUUUAGAUUUUUCAAGUCUGAAAAUGUUCAUGCCCUGAUCACAAAAGCGCACGGGAUAAUUCCAUUCCCUCCCCCUCAUUUUCGAGGUGCUUGUCCUUCUCUUUUUGUGCGUUUGUUUUCCAGAAUGUACCUCCAAACGUCAUUACCCAAAGUGAGCCUGUCUUUGUGGCAUUACUGUUGGCAGUGUCAACAACUCAUCAGGUCUAGCUGCUGUGAAUGCAUCAACCAAGCCAGACACUGGUGGUGGGAGGAGUGGCUGCACUCCUCUUCUCAAAGGUCACCCAUGGUAUGCUAAUGACCGCCCUCGUGACAUCACCGGGAGCAUAUAAGAGGCGGGCGGUGAGGCUGGGCUGCAAACCCCCUCACAGCCGAAAAACGCAGAGGAAGCCAGCGGCAGGCUGCAGAGCUAGCUCCGUCUGUCUCCACACCUUCACUGUGGUCCCGGGAUACGAGAAGACACCACGCCGGAAAAUAUGCUGUUCUGCCACUCCCAGCCUGAGUCCUACCACCAGCACUCUGCUAGUUACAUUAGAGAGGCCUUGGCGCCUUUCUUGAAGAACGAAGAAGCCAGGUUUAUGGCUGAAAAUGGUGACAAGAGGACCCCAUUCCAGUACAUUCUGUGUGCAGCCACUUCGCCAGCUGUGAAACAGCAGGAGGAGACUCUCACUUACCUCAACCAAGGUCAGUCCUACGAAAUCCGUAUGCUUAACAGAAAACUAGUGGAGUAUACUGAUAUAAGCAGCAAAUAUGUGAAGAGUAUUGUGCGAGUGGUGUUUCAUGACCGUCGCCUGCAAUAUAUGGAGCACCAGCAGCUGGAGGGAUGGAGGUGGAACAGACCAGGAGACCGAAUCUUAGAUAUUGAUAUCCCUCUAUCAGUGGGGAUAAUGGACCCUCGUUCUCACCCUCUGCACCUCAACACCAUUGAGUUCAUCUGGGAUCCAGUCAAGAAUGCUUCUGUUUUCAUACAGGUCAACUGCAUCAGCACUGAGUUCACCCCCAGAAAGCACGGCGGGGAGAAAGGGGUUCCCUUUCGUAUCCAGGUGGACACUUUCACCACCAACGAACACGGGGAAUACAUGGAGCAUGUCCAUUCAUCCAGCUGCCAGAUCAAAGUGUUCAAGCCUAAAGGAGCUGAUCGCAAGCUGAAGACCGACAGGGAAAAGAUUGAAAAAAAGGCCCCUGUAGACAGAGAAAAGUACCAACCAUCCCAUGAUUCCACCGUGCUGAAAGAGUGUUCCCCGUGGCCUGAUGCACUAAAUCUUACCACCGCCACCACCAUCAACAACAACAACAACAACAACAGCAGCAGCAGCACUCCAUCACCAGUUUAUCACAGCUCCCCAACAUCCUGCAGUUUCACAGAGGGCAACUGUUCUCCAAACCAGCAAGGGGAGCUGUUCAUGCCUGGCUGCUCUGAUCAUCUCCUGCCGUCGUUCUCGCCGCAGGACACUCAGCAGUGGCUGCAGCGUCACAGGUUCACGCCUUUCUCAAGGCUCUUCACCAGCUUCUCAGGUUCCGAUUUGUUGAGGAUGAGCAGAGAGGAUCUGAUCCAGAUCUGCGGCCCGGCGGAUGGCAUUCGCCUCUUUAACACUAUGAAGGGGAGGUCUGUACAGCCCCGUCUUACCAUCUAUGUGUGUCAGCAGCAGACCAGAAAUCAACCUCCUAAUAAGCCAGGAGGUGGAGACAUCUACCACGCUCUGUACCUGGAGGAGCUGACACUGUUGGACCUGUCUGAAAAGAUCGCCAUGCUGUACAGCAUCACUCCACAGCAGAUCACACACAUCUACAGACAGAGACCCACCGGCAUCCACAUCUUAGUCUCUGAUGAGAUGGUGCAGAACUUGAGGGAGGAAGCAAGCUUCAUCAUCAGUGCUAUCAGAGAUGAAAACACUGACGGGUACCACAUGGUGUUGAAAUGACCAGCAGGAACUCAGGAGGUUCAGAGUUUCCCCAGGGGAAUUGUACAGAUUGUAAAUAGGUCUCUCUUCACAAUAGUUUGCGCUAGGAUGUUUAGCUUUAAGUUUACUUCUGCUUUUGCUGUCUUUAAUGUUCCUGUUUUAUUUGUACUUUCAGUUACUGAUUCAUGUUGGUAUCCUUUGUAAUUAGUGGUAAACAGUGCUACAUUACCGGCUUACAUUCAUCUGUCCACACAUUUUUUGCCUUAAUGCAGAGUACACGUGAAUGGCUUUCAUGGCAAUAAAACAAGCCACAUUACACGUGUUGGCAUGCAGAGACAAUGAAAAGAAAAAUGAACAAAACUGCUGUGCAAUUGCUUUAAUGAAAAGUGCGUUCAUCUACUGUCCCCCGCUCCUCUCCCACAAAAGAGGAGCUCUGGUGUCAUAUGAUGUGGACUGCUAUAAGGCUCUGUAUUUUUUGGAACACAUUGCAAUAUUUUAAAUGAUUCAGGACUCUGAUCACAGAAUGAAAGACUUCAGGCUGUAGUUUGGAUCUAUGAGUUUGACUUGCUCUGUAUAUUACUCGAAAAUAAAAAGAUUUAGUUUUCUCUUAUGCUGCUCUUAAGUGACAUCAGUUGGGAAAAGGUCAUAUUGCACCAAUAAAGAUUUUAUUAAAAUUAGCAAUGAAAUGAAAAUGUGAAAUUCCUUUUGACAGUUAGAGCCACUAUGCAUAACGUAUAUGUUGAUUAAAAUUGUUUCUCAUAAUGGCUUAUAGUAGAUUAAAAAACGUGUCUUGUAUAUAUACUUUUUAUUUUUUAAAUAAAGCAAAUGUGAUAUAACCAGGA